AUGAGUUCUCACGGCAACCAAUUUACGAGUCCCACUUGGGAGGAACAGUACAUUCACGAUCGUGCUCUUUAUCAACAACCAGAAGGUCCGGUAGCGUAUGCUUUCAGGCUUCCACCAAGAUUUCAGCAUCAAGAUCCAGUCAUUACCCCAGGCUAUAGCACUUUUACGCCUGCAUCUAUUACCACAGCUCCCAUCCAACCUGCUGUCCAGAUGCAACAACCAUACGCGUAUUCAUACACCGACGGAGGAGCACAAUACAGCGAUCAAAUUCAGCCACACGAUUCCCAAUCUCCGCCCUUUGACCGCCCGACAAUGUCAACCAGCAUCGAACCUCAGGAAGCUUGGCCUUUAGGGAAUCGCUAUCAGCAACAGGCAACUUAUACACCCACAUACACACCCACGUUCGCACCUAUUGACAACAUCCCUCUUGAACAACUUGCCGCCACUCGCAACCCGACUCAUCAAACUGAUAUGCAAAUCAAUGCCUCAUAUGAUGCGGAUGCGAGUUCAGACGUCUGGAGUCCGGGGAUCUGUCAACAUGCAAGUUGCCUUGCGAAGUCUUCAGACAAGCAAAAGAACUACCGAGAACACUCGGAUUGGCGACGUCAUUGGUUUCGUGUACAUGAUAAGCAAUAUCAAUGUCCGAUUGAUGGUGCCAUGUUCGGAACGGCCAAUGAACUUAACCGCCAUGAUGAAGCUAUACAUCAAACCGGUGCCAAAAAGCAUUACUGUCAUAUCGGAGGAUGCCAAGCUCGUGCGAGAGAGUUCAACAGGAAAGACAAGUUUCGCGAGCAUAAUGACAGGUGGCAUGGACCUUAUUGCUGUCUUGUUCCUUACUGCGAUCGGGGAUCUGGCAAUGGAUUUAAAGAACAGGUGUUGUUGACGGACCAUAUGCACAGUCGUCAUGCGUGA